GUCAUAGCAGUGACAGCGCGCGGAGCCGGCUGGAGUCGUUUCUGUUUUGAUACUAAACCUGCGAAUUAAGUUCCGUUUAAAAGCAAAUUGUGGGGAAAUUUAAAAUAAAAUCAGCUUAUUUUAUCACAGGAGGAUGGUUCAGAUAGUUAUACGAGGCAGCGUGGACGGCUGCAGCCCUCCGCAGUGGCUGCUGGUGGAGCUGCAGGGAGAGAUGGUGUCCAGACACAACUCCGGUCUGGCUGGGAACGUGAUGGGAGAUCUGCUUUAUACCAAAGAGGGGGUGCCGGUGUUGAUCGUAGGGCAUCAUAUUCUUUAUGGGAAGCUGGUCAAACUGGAGAAACCUUUUGCUGUCCUCAGAAAACAUUCAGGAGAUUCACCGGACAGUUAUGCUGAUGACGCCACUCAGAUCCCCUUGGAAACAGACCAUCAAGGACUCACCUCCACCUCCUACACUGUGUCUGCGCUCAUUAAACAGAAGCUGAUUUUCAAAACACGUCCCAAACCUAUCAUUACUAACGUCCCCAAGAAGGUGUAGAACACCCGUGCACCGACCCUGGUCCCUGAAGGCCUCCGUCCUGCGCGGUUUAGUUGUUUCUCAGUUCCGACACACCUGAGUCAGUGGUUAAAUGUCCAGUUCAAAGUGUCACAGAGCUCUGCAGAAGCUUUAAAAAAGACACAGAUGUUUUGAAGCAGAGAAACACCUAAAAUGUACAGGAUGGUGGCCCUGGAGGAGCAGUGGACUCCACUGGUGUAGAAGAACAGUGUACCCCCAUCUCCGUGGCUGGUUGGACAUGUCUGAACCAUUUAUGUCGAUGGUCUGAACUAAAGUCAGUUCAGACGGCUAAACGGUGUUUUGUCAGAUACUAAAGUUUCUGUGUUGUUAUUUCAAAACAUGCUCUAAUUAAAAUACUGCUUUAUGUUU